CCACCCCAUGAUUUGCAUUAACGCAGCUUUCACUUCUCUAAGACCUUAAUGAAUUUCUGCCGUUUGUGACCUCUCCUGAAACACACUUUUUUUCCCUCCCUUUCAAUCUGCGAGAAGCCUUACAAUAAUAGCAUUGCUCCCUAGAUUUCCUUUACCCCCAAAGCAACCUGGAGUGAUUCGGUCACCCAGUGCUGCCGGAGCCCCGGGACCAGUGCUCUGAUAAGGGAGGCAGCCGCAGGGACAGGCAGUGGGAGCUGCUGGCACCCCAAGAUAACCCCAAACCUCACGCUGCGCGAGCAGGACAGGAACCAGGGCUCAGGCUGUGGCCCCAAUGCUUCCUGUUCGACAGAAAGAAACACAGUGAGGCAGCAGCAGCACGAAGCUGUGGGCACCCAGAGGACGCGGUGUUUGUGCCCUGCAGCCCCACGCUCACCCAGCUGCACCGAGGCACGGCCAGCAAGAAACGUUAACAGGUUGAAAAGCAAAGCUAAAGGACACGGUUGGUAAUUAGAGAGGGUAACUUCAGGCAGUGGCAGAAGGACACAAGGUAUUCUCUCACCAAGAAGGCCUCAACGCUUUGCUCAGCUCGGGAAACUCACCCUGCAGAUGCACAUGGUGCAAUAGUGCAGGUGCUCAGCCGCCCACCUGGUUUCGGGCCACAGAAUAUCCCCAAAUACAGAGCAGAGGAGGAAUUUGCGCGGGUCGCAGCACCCACCCCAACGAGCAGCGAGCACAGGGACGGGGGUCUCGCCAUGAUCAGCCCCCCAGAACGGACCCGGCCGCGGCAUGCAGGCGAGAGCUACGAGGAGAAGUGCGAGCGGCGGCAGGAGACGCGCGAGGCCUUGCGGCGCCGUGGCCACGCACACAGCGCACGGCGGCCGGGCCGCAGCGAGGAGCAGCCACAGAGCCCACGGCAGAGAGAGUUCCUGCGCAGGAGGAACCUUGGCAGCACCACCGGGGAGCUCGGCACACCCGUCCUGCUCCAGCGCCCAUGGAGUCACCCCGUGUGCCCAUCCACACUCGCCCCACUUGGGCUCAGCAGUCCUACAGGCAUUUUGGCUGAAGCCAUCCCUGGGCCACGCACCUCUGUGAGCUCCCGAGGAACUCAGACUCCUGCAAGCACGAGGGUGAAGGACUCAAGCCAACAGACAGACUGUGGAAAUACAGUUUUCAAUAAGGAAAUCGUGCAGCUCUCUGGUUACCUGAAGGAGGCCCUGCACCGUGAGCUGCUGCUGAAGCAGAAGAUGGUGAUCCUGCAGGAGCUGCUCGCCACACUGCUGCACGCCUCUGAGAAGUCCUGGCAGGGUCAGCUGAAUGAAGAUAAACUCAAGUGUAAACUGAGGGCCCUGGAAAAUCAGCUGCAGGCCUGCACCCAGAGUUACUCAAAGGAGUGUGUGAAGAAGAUCCUGAUAGAGAUGGAGGACCAGAAGCAGACCUACGAGCAGAAGGCAAAGGAGGCUCUGCAGAAAAUGCUCGAGGACAAACUCCAGGCAGAGCAGCAGCUGCAAAACUCUCAGAGGUGCCUGGCUGCGGCGAGGGAGGACCUUGCCUUCUGGAAGGAGCACUACACCAUGCUCAAAUCCGAGUGGGCCCAGAUGGCCAAGGCACACAGCGAGCUCAAGAGCAACCUUCACGCCCUGCAAAGCCAACUGCAGCACACGGCUACAAGGAAUGAGGAGCUCUGCCAGGCCCUGGACUUCCUGCAGCACGAGCAUGCCGAGCUCCAGCAGCGUGCUGACAGCCUGCAGCAGGACAACCAGCUCCAAGCCAAGCGUAUCGGCAACAUCGAAGGUAAAUUGCAAAAAGAGCAAAAUCAGAAGCUAAUAUUGGAGGCAACAAUCAGCCACCUGCACAACCUGAUGCAGAACCAGACCAAUGAGCAGAAAACACAGGAAGUGGUGGUGCAAAGGAAAGAUCAGGUUUUCACCAUGCAGAACCCACCUCUCACUCCUGCCAAGGAAAUGCAAAAUGCAAUGUCUGAGCAUCCCAAGGAGAAGGCAGAAGAAAGCCUGAGGAAUGAGAUGCAGGAAAGGACAUUCCAGCUUACAGCAAAGGAGAAAGAGUGCCAGGAGCUGCGUGCAGAGCUGGAGGCACUAAGUGAGGAGUACCGCUGCUGCCUGAGCUGCCUGCGCCAGUGCCGCCAGGAGCUCAACCAAAGCCAGAUGGUGAAGAGACAACGCGGUAACUGGCUCCCUCUUCUGCUGGCAGUGAUAGCAAUAGCCACGGCUGCUGUGCUGGCCAGCUACAGACCAUGAGCACCUCCUCAGUGACCUCCGUGCACAACUGACUCCUGACCUGCUGGCAGCAAUCUGCCCUCACUGCAGUGCUUCUGCCGCUCCUUGCCUGCUUCAUACCCCAAGCUGGUCUCGGCCAGACAAACUGACACGGCUCCAAUAAAUGUGGGGAGAUCACC